UUCCCUCCUUGCCUGUGUGGGAUACCACAGCGGUGAUGGGAUAACACAUGACUCAGGAGCGUGCAGCGCAGUGCAGCGUGCGAGGAGGUGGAGGACCGAUUGUCCCAGUGCUUCCAAGUCCGACCUGCUGAAGGAAUCUUUUCUCCAUGGAUCUCUUUUAGGUGUUUUUUGUUGUUUUUGUGGUUUUGCUGUUUUCAGCCCUGCAGCCUCAGAGGGAGCUGGAAGACUUUGGCGGCGUUCUCACCUGCCAACUCCUGAACAUGUUGAACCUUCAUGCUUGAAGCCAGAAGUCUGUUACCUUUCUAUGGUGAUGAGCUGAAACCUUCUGGUGAAAAACUGCUGGAUGUUUCUUCAAUGCUUGAACUAAAGUGGAUGCAACCAUGUGAGAAAAAAGAAUUAAUCUAAAAUGUCAGAUUUUAGAAGAUAAAAGAAGGACCACUUUUGGAGAAAUUUUUAACCUCCUCAUUCCAAAACCGGGAGAUGAGUGUUUCUGAAACGCCCCAGAGCUUCUCUGCGAGGAAGAGCAGCUGCAGCAUGAAGCUACCUCUUCAUCGUUCCGGAGACCGAGACGGGAAUGCUUUCCCGGUGUCCUCUUCCUCCUCCUCGUCCUCCUUCCUGGGGGAGUCGUCUCCAGAGUCCCUGCGGAGUCUGAGCAGCCUGAGUGGAGGACGGAUGGACAGCCCGCAGGAGUACGACCUCCUGGAGGUCACCCUGAUGACUGCCGUGUUGCCUGGGGAGAAGAACAAAGAUGUGGUGCUGUCCAAAUGGUCUCCUGAGGAGGAGGAGGAGGAUGAUGAUGAGGAAGGGACGUUCCAAACCGAAUCCGACGACGUCUCGGUCUCUGUUUACCUGGAUGCCAGCAGUGGUGAUUACCACCAGCAAACCUGGAACCACGGCCUCACGCUGUCCCUGGAGGCACAGGAUGGUUGCCAUUUUAACGAGGAUGUAACCACUGGCUCAUCUAUUGUGGAUUCAGAUGCUACAGAGAUCCCUGCUGAUGAUGAUGAUGAUGAUGAGGAGGCGGCUAUGUUUUUGUCCGUCAGCUCAGACGUUUGUACAAGGCUCGCUCAGGUGAGUCCAGGUGGAGCUGCUGAUGAUGAGCUUGGGUCGGAACAAUUGCAAACUGGCUUAGAUUGUCCCGCUCCAUCCCUGGGCUGCAGAGAAAACGCCCAGAUAUGUGGGUCCCUGCCGCCCUCCGAUAGUCCAGACAAAGAUCUAGCAGAUGUCACCGAAAUCGCUGGAACUCAAAUCAUCACUCAAAUCAAGAAAGCUCCCAAACCGCUCAAAGCUAGAACUGGAUCACACAAUAUGUCCCCAUCCAAAGCACCCCCUCAGAACAAACCAGUGGCGGUUUCUACGAGGAGAGCUGUUCCUAGAAAGGAUGAGGUGGAGGCCAUCAAGAAAUCGGCUCCAGGUCCGAUUAAGGUGGCUGUGAUUCUAAGAUCCACCAGAGGAAAGGGUGCAAAUGUCAAAGCCAACCACAAGGUGGCAGCAGGUUCAAACACUGCUCAUCCAGAAAAGAAAAAAACAGCCUCAAUCGGACUGUGUGAUCCUCCUUGGAACGCUGGCCGGGAUCUGCAGGAAGGAUUGGAGGGAAAAGGUCAAUCAGCGGCGAGGGAGAAGGAGCUCCUGAGCCAGGCGUCGAUGACGGACGCCACAGAGGAGCAACGGAGGAGUCCCACUAAGAGGGUCUCCUCCAGGUUGGGGCCCGGGGUCCGGCAGCAGGGCAGGACCGCCAGGCCAGAUCGAGGACCAGCGGCACCUCCAGGCUCUGGAACGGGACCUCCAGGACAGGAGAGCUCUGAACAGGGAACCUCUGAGUACGAGGUGGGAGACGCUGAUGCAAGGAACCAGAACCAGGGUAUUCCCAAACCUCGAGUAUCGGGCAUCGGUUUCAUUCCCACUGCAUCCGUUCCCAAACCAGCGACCAGUCAGCAGCCAGCAGCAGGACCAUCAGGACGGCAGCCUGCACCCACCGCCUCCAAGCUUCCUGUCAAAGGAUCCCCUUCCAGCCUGGGUUGCUCGUCACAGGGGAGCAACGAGAAAAAUUUUGCUGUCAGCAAAGCUCCAUCUCCAACGAGGUCAAAGCCCGAUGAGCUACGCAGCAGAGGCUUGCUCCAAUCUAGCAGCCAGAGCACAACAAAGCCCCCAAGCUGUGGCAUCUCAGGCCCCCCACUCACCAGCAGCACCAGCACUUCCAGUGACAUCCCAUCCAGCGCCGCUUCAAAGCCUCCAGCUGCUGGAUUGAGGAGCAGAGCACCUUCUGGGCCGGCCAGGACGUCAGCUACAGGGCUGAAGACCCCAACCGUCACCAACCAGAACACCACAAAGACGCCUGCGGGGCAACCGUCUGCCAAAACGGCUCCAUCUGCAUUCGUUGGGCCGACGAAGCCCCCGCCACAGAGGAACGGCUCAACCCGACCCAGUAGACUGAGCAGCACAGUGGACAAAAACAAGCCCCGGGAGGCGCCAACGAAGCCCAGCAGCACCAGCCCCCAGAUCACCACAGGAAACCAGCAGAACCCACAGCUGCACCCACCAGAACCGGUACCAGAUGUACUAAAUGCUAACACUCCAACAUCACCAGCUCUCCCAGUCCCAGCCCUCGAUGGUUCUAACACUACACCUGGACCUGCUGGACCUGCCGGUCCAGGGCUCAAAGCCAGAACCGGGUCACGUUCCAGUCCCAAACACGGAGGCCGGCCUCAGCAUGCAUCCCGACCUGGUGUGGGUGGAACGGCAGCGCCUGUCACAGCUAAACAGAACCAGAACAAGGAGCAGGUGGAGAGGAAGAACCAGGCCCUGGUCCAGCUGAGGAGGCUGCUGGUUCAGGGGAACCGGAAAGUGGAGGCUCUGGCUGCUGUCAUCCAGCACCUGUUCUCUGAGAGAGAGGAAACCUUAAAGCAGAAGAAGGAGCUGUCGUCGGAGCUGUCCAAGCUCAGAGAGGAGCUGGUUUCAUCAUCGCAAUGCUGCCAGAGUCUGCAGGCCGAGAAGGAGGAGGUGCGGACAAACUUGGAGGCAGCCUUGAAAAGGUUGGAGGAGCAGCAUGAGGAGGAGCUGGUUCAGCUGGAGAACAGGCUCAAAUGCUUCUACCAAGCAGAGUGGGAUAAAGUUCACCAGCUGUACCAGCAGGAGGCCGAUAAAUGCCGCCUGUUGAUGGAGCAGCAGGUGGAGGAGCUGAGGAGCCAACAGGAAGCAGAAAGGAAGAGGCAAGAAGAGAGCCACAGCCAGAAGAUGGAGGCGAUCAAACAGGAGUAUGAGACCUCCAUACAGGAAAUGAAGAGGAUCCAGCAGACUGAACUGGAGGAUCUGCAGAAAACGCUGAAGGAAACCCAAACUUCUCUCACUGAGAAGGUCUCUGCGCUGUCGGCCGAAAACGAGGAUCUGAGUGAGAAACUGCGAGCAGAAGAAGAGAGGAGGCAGAGGAUACUGAGCGACAAAAACGUGAAGGAUUCACACACCCUGUACCUGGAGCAGGAGCUGGAGAGCCUCAAGGUGGUGCUGGAGAUCAAGACCAACCAGCUGCACCAGAAGGAGAAGAAGCUGAUGGAGAUGGACAAACUGGUGGAGACGAAUGUGAGGCUGGAGGAGGUUCUGAAGAAGGUGCAGCAGGAGAACGAGGACUACAAGGCCAGGAUGGACAAACAUGCGGCUCUGUCAAAGCAGCUGUCCACGGAGCAGGCCAUCCUCCAGCAGACCCUGCAGAAGGAAUCCAAGGUCAACAAGCGUCUGUCCAUGGAGAACGAGGAGCUGCUGUGGAAGCUGCACAACAGCGACCUGCUGGGAAGCCCCCGCCGCCUCUCGCCCACCUCCCCCUACAGCUCGCCCCGAAACUCCGCCUCCUUCCCCACAGCUGCAACGUUAUCUCCCAGAUAGCCCCACUGCCCCCACCCCACCCAAGGUGCUUUACAUCACUAUGAACGUUCUGGAAGGACAACUUAGAGGCGAGCGCAGCUCGGUCUGAGCGUGGGACCGACCUCGCUCUGUCCGUUUCAAUCAAACGUCUGAAACUCUGCGACACGCGUCAGGCGCUCCUCAGGGUCUGUACAUAUCGCCACUGACUAUCCUUCAGGAGCUCCCUGCUCUUCUUGCCCCCCCUCCCUCUGUCGGGAGAAGGGGGGAAGAUAAGGGAACGUGAGAAGGGGGGGAGGGGGUUCCCCUGGAUUAUUAUUAUUAUUUUUUCAAGGAUCUCAUUUGUUCUCCCAAAGAGCGAAGCUCAAUCAGUCGGACCUGCAGAGGAGGAAGCUGAUGUGAACACAGACUGAGUGGAACCCGCUGUCCCUCUGGAAGCUCCUCCACCUUUAAACGCUUUGUGGAAUGUAAAAAUCCUCAGAUGGUACCUCUCCCUGUCAGAGCCAAAUAUGCAGCUUAUUUAACAUGAAAUGUUUGACCCCCCCACCGCCACCUGCACCACCCAGUGCCCAAAUGAACUGGAAAAAUUAUUUAUCUGUUUUUGUCCCUUUCUAUGGAGAGAAAUCUGUUCCAGUAUUACUGCAAGCAAAGAACAUGUUUAAAAAAAUAAUAAUAAUCUCAUUCAAAAUAAGGUUUUGACAGAAUCUAUGUGUAAAAGUUCAGUUUGCUAUUUUCAGAUUUUAUUUUUGAGGUUUUUUUUUUUUCAGAUACUAUUUUCAAAAUGUUUUUUUUUUUUUCCCAGAUGUUGCGUUUUGACAACCCAAAACUGUAAGAGGUGAAAUCUAUAAAAAUGGGAUUUGAACAAAUGCAAUUUGUAAAACUGCAUCUCCCCAAACAAAUGUAAUUUUUUUAUAUUUUGGGGGGGAAAAAAUGGAAAAUAAAAACAAAUAUUCUCAAAAUACUUUAACAAUAUUGGUUAAACCUUUGCUUACAUAUAAAUCACUCUCAAAACCUUUGUUUUGAUUGAGAAGUUUUCCAAAGUUCUAUUUCUAUAUUCCUCUAAUAUCCAUUUUUUAAAAACUUCUUCUUCAUCGUCAAUCGUUUCCCUCCAUGUUUUGUUGUCUCGGCGUCUUCCUGCUGUCUUUCGACCUGAACGCCAUGUUGUGCGGCGUUCUGCUUUGUUUCUGCCUCAGAAUAAAACCCGUACGACAGGA